GCGCAUACUCGAUUUUUUUCGGAAAACAAAAAUGGCGACAGGCACCUGCUGCUGGAUAACGCUUGCAAGGAAUUUUUAAUAAUUCCGCAUUUGAAAAAAAUGAAGAGACUCGAAAAUAAUAGAUGACAGGAGAGUAGUGGCCAAAAUCUAUUAAGAUGAUUGGCCGACGCUGCGCAAUGUUAGCCCUCGGCGGACUUUUAAUUUUGGUUCUAACGGUUAAUAUUUAUUUUAUACGAAUGAUUGUCGAGAGUUCACCAAAUAAAAUGAAUAUGAAGAAAAAUUCAUUAAUAUUUAAGCCUAAAAUAAAUGAAGCAGAAGUUUCGACAAAGCCUAAGGAAAAUAUAAAACGUUCACAAAAAUCUCUAACACGUGAUAUUGAGGAGAAAAUAAAAGCUGAAAUGCGAACUUUGCCCUCGAAAUAUUUUAAACAAAAUACUAGUUAUACAAUUCUUUUAGACAGAUUAUUGAUUGAACUACGAACAAUGCCAAAUGUUCGUGAUGAUCUUUGGAAUAUUCCUAAUAAUAAUUGGCCAGAUGCGCAUUGUUUAAUUCCACCGGCAGCUCCAGAGCUUGGGACAAUAUUCGAAGCAUUGAGAAAGGCAAAAGUGAUGAGGGCCGAUAAUGCACAUUUAGGAACGCAAUUAAAAUUAAUGUUAACUCUUGAACAUGGAGUUAAGGCUUUAUUUAAACCACAAUGGUAUUCUAGAAAAACAAUAAUAGAGGGUCCAGUUUAUUAUGGAAAAGAUAGGCAUAAUGCCGAAGUUGUAGCAUUCCAUUUAUCGUCUUUAUUAGCAUUAAGACGAGUUCCAAUUGCAAUCAUUAGAAAAUUGAAUCUUAGAGAAGAAAUAAUGAAACAAGCGACACCUGAACUUUAUGCGACAAUUUAUCAAGAUGGCAAUGACACUUGUCUUUAUGGUGUUUGUCAUUAUUGUUCACAAAGUGAUCCAGUUUGUGGUAUUGGUGAUAUUUUAGAAGGUGCAUUAAUUCUUUGGUUACCGUCAUAUUUAAAAUUAAUAAAACAUCGACAUCCUUGGCAAAGGACAUAUAGAAAAAAUCGUCUCGCUUUUUGGGAAACAGAUUCUAAUUAUUGUGAAAAGGUAAAAGAAUAUAAAGCAUAUUCACCACAAUCAUCAAGUAGACUUUUGGAUUUAGUUGAUACAGCAGUUUUUGAUUUUAUAAUGGAUAAUGGCGAUCGUCAUCAUUAUGAAAUGAUGCAAAAUAAUUUUCACAAUCCAGCUGUUUUAUUAAUUGACAAUGGUAAAAGUUUAGGAAAUCCGAGUAUCGAUCAUUUUGAUAUUCUCGCACCACUUUAUCAAUGUUGCAUGAUUCAUAAGACAACGUGGGAUCGUUUAAAAUUAUUUAGUGGAGGAUCAUUAAGUAUAUCAUUGGCGAGACUUUUGGCUCAUGAAGAAGCAAUGUCGGAUGUUGAAUCAUUAAUUAGUGAAACACAUUUGACAGCAAUGGAUAGAAGAUUGCUUACAAUUUAUUCUGUUGUUGAAUUUUGUAUACGACAGAAAAAAUACGCUUCCAAUGUCAUUUUAGAUCAUCGUUAGAAGUACCUAUACAUAUAUCAAUCUUAACUGUUUUAGAAAAUUAUUAAGGUACAAAAAAAUUGUUUUUUUUUUUUAAAUUAUUCUCAAAAAUCAAUAUAACCGACAUAUAUAUAUAUAUUAAAUAAUAAUAUAUAAAAAACAGAAAAAUCUACUAAAUAAUCAAAAUAAAAAUAAUUUAAAUAUCAUCAUUAAAAUUUUAUAAAAUCGUGCAAAUUCGUAGAUAAUGUGACAAUAAUUGUACGAAAGUUUUUUUUUGUUAAAAAUUUUGAAAUGUUUUAGCUAAUUAGCGUAAAUAUAAUAACUUUAUUAUUUUGAUUAAAAAAAAAAUUCUUUAAUUAUAAAAUUUUUCUUUUAAUAACUAUAUGGUGCAUCCUUUGCGUGACCUGAGACAAAGACUAUCUUUUUUAAACUUUUAAUCUUUAUAUAUUUUAAUUGAACGAUUGGGUUCUUCUCGAACGAAAAUGUUAAAUUAGUAUGAAAAUAUUUUAUAAUAAAAAAAAAACCCCAACGAUCAAUUUUUGUUAUUCCUUGUUGGUUAUAUUGAUUCUAUCUCUAGUUCAACAUCGUUAGUUUUAGAAAUUUAUUAUAAAUAAAUAAGUUAUUAUAAUAAAAAUAAAUUAUAUUACCUGAA